AUGUUGAUGAUGAAUGUUUUCAUCAUUCUUCAGACAAUAUCCAUCACAAGCUCCCUUCUCUCCUCCAAUAGUUUCAGUACUGAUGAAUUGGACUUCAACGACGUGAAUAUCUCUUCUAUUCUCAACUCCUUCCAGGAGGGGUAUGAUAAGCGGGUUCGACCCAACUACGGGGGAAUCCCUGUGACUGUUGGGGUAACAAUGUACAUUCUUUCCAUCAGUUCUGUUUCUGAAGUUAUGAUGGAUUUUACUCUGGAUAUGUACUUCCGACAAUUCUGGAGAGAUCCAAGGUUACAGUUUGAAAAGAAAAAAGGUCUAGAGAAGCUAGUGGUUGGAGCUGAGUACAUAAAUCUUAUCUGGACUCCGGAUACGUUCUUCGUUAAUGAAAAAACAGCUUACUUCCACAAAGCAACAACGGAAAAUCAGUUUUUAAGGAUCCUUCAUACGGGAGAGAUCUUGAGAAGUAUCAGAUUAACUAUUACUGCCUCCUGCCCUAUGGACCUUCAAUAUUUCCCACCGUUUGGAUAUACAAUGAAUGAUAUUCGGUAUGAAUGGAAUGAUGGCCUUAAUUCAGUUCAGGUAUCUGGUGAUGUUUCUUUACCCCAGUUCAAGGUGCUCGGGCACAGGCAGAAGACUAUAGAAGCUAGCUUAUCAACAGGUAACUAUUCCCGUCUGGCCUGUGAGAUCCAGUUUGUGAGAUCUAUGGGCUACUACCUCAUACAGAUCUACAUCCCCUCCUCCCUCAUAGUUGUCAUCUCCUGGGUCUCCUUCUGGUUGAACCGUGGAGCAACACCAGCCCGUGUAGGACUAGGAGUUACCACGGUGCUAACCAUGACCACGCUUAUAUCAUCAACUAAUUCAGCUUUACCUAAAAUCUCGUAUGUAAAAUCUAUUGAUGUCUACCUAGCGGCCUGUUUCUUUAUGGUCUUCGCUUCCCUUAUAGAGUACGCUAGUGUUGGCUACAUGGCCAAGAGAAUACAAAUGAGGAAGAACCGGUUUCUGGCAAUUCAGAAAAUGGCGGAACAAAAGAAAAAUGAGGCACUGCACUCCAGUAAUGCAAACAUUCAUGAGGCGGUCAAUGCAGAUGUCAGCUCGAACAUGCCAAAACAAACGGAAAUCCGCCUAAACAUGCAUGAUCCGUUGCUCCGGCGCAAUGCCGGGAGCAUGAUGCGGGGAGGAGGCCAGGGGUUCACUGGUUCAACUAGUCAUCUUCUUCCAGGAGCAAAUCAUGGCGGUCCAUUGCCCCAGAUACAAGAUGGACUUUUGCACCACCAAGCCCCGCCUUUAUUGCAAUGUAAAAAGAAUCUGCAGAAGAUGGGUGGGAUAUCACCUUCAGACAUUGACAAGUACAGUCGGGUGCUCUUUCCAGUAAGCUUUACAUGCUUCAACCUGAUGUAUUGGAUCAUCUACAUGAAUAUCUCUGAGGAGGUUGUACCCGAUCUUGUGCUUCUUGGAUCAAGUGUACACUUUAACCUGGGAGUAAAAAGAGCCCCUGAACACCUAGAACUCAAAUAUAACACCACUUUGUACAAGCAUAAUAGUAUUCCGAUGAACAUGGUUCCUCUCGCUGCUCCCCUAUCUAUUAGAUCACACAGCCAUAUCAACAGUAUGCUUGGUAUGGCAGCCUCCGACAUAGACAAAUACAGCAGGAUAGUCUUUCCAGUUACAUUCUUCUGCUUUCAGUUAAUGUACUGGGUUAUCUAUGAUCACCUUGCUCAAGUUUACAUUGAUGAUCUAGUUCUUCUCAACAAUUAAUGAUCAAUAAUCAGUGAUCAGGAGAAGACAAAUCUAGAACGAAGGGAGGGGGGGGGGGAGGAUUUUCCUUUAUGUUUUAUUUUAUUUUAGUUUGGGACCAACACGGGCAGUGAUUUUUUAACCCUUCUAGCUUGACGUCUUUCUAUUACUCCCCCCCACCCCCACCCACCUGCUAAAAACAUCUUUUUUGUAAUUGUUCAUUAUAAUAAAAAGAAUUAAAAAUGUCUCAAAUUUUUGUUGCUACUUAAAUCAUAAUGGCGCAUUGCCCCUUUUUUGAGUAAUACUGAUGUGAAAAGUACACUUUAAAGUGUACUGCUACAUAUUAUGGUGUACAAAUAAUAAUUAUGUCUGGAACAUAUGUUGGUGCACAAAAUAUGUAAACAACAAUUAAAAUAGAACCUUCCAUAUCUAAAAUGUAGAGUUUUAAUGUCAAAAUGCUUCUUAUGUACACGGUGUACACACUCACAAACUUUAAAAGAUAUUUAUGUACAAGUAAAUCCGAAUUUAAAUGUAUGGUAAUGAAAUAUUUAUGUACCCCCCCCCCUUUCCCAAAAUAUGUACAUAAUGCUAUGAGAAUCAUAUAUAUAAAUAUAUGUAUUCUUAAUGUUAAUUUAAGAAUGUAAAUUUUAAACUAAUAUUUCUUUUUAUAAUGAUUCUAUAAUUGUAAGGAAUAUUAAACAGUUAUUCUAAAUCUUCAAUGAUCUACACAUUUUGCGCAAAGUACAUGAUCACUUUUGUGUACAACAAUAAGAUACACAGAAUAAGAAUAGCAGUCCGAUUUUCACGUAUUCAUAUCGAACAAUCUAAUAAAGUUUUUAAACCAAAGAACUUAAUUCAUUUUUAAACACUAGGAAUCAAAGAAGUCCUCAAAAGUCUCAAUUUAAGAUAAUAGGACUUAAUGCAGUUAUUUCAAAAUUCCAGGACUUCAUGCAGUCCUGAAUCCCCCAAGUUAGUGCAUGAUCAAUUGAUUGUGAUAAUCUAGAUACAAGUUAUCUACUAUUUUUGUAGUGUAAGUAUAUAGCUAUGUUUAAUAUAAAUGGUUGUGUCACCAAAUAUUUUCUAAAAAAUUGUGUUAAAUCUGUGAAAAAUGCUAAAUCUAUUAAAUAUGUAAGAAUUUAUGUCAAAGUAUCAUUUUUCAAUUAAACCAUUUUGUAAAAUAUAUCUGCAGAGAAAUAUAUGAUGUAAAAUAUU